AUGGCUACUUCGGAAGAGCAACACAGACGAUCGACUGGGUCGACAUCGACUGAUAAGCAUAUGGAGGAUUUGGAUUCUCGGCAAGCAAUCCAGUUGUGCUCGCUUGCGGCCAUUUCUAUUGUUGGAAGUGUAUUCAUGAGUGGCUUACAAAAUACAAAGCCAGGAGAAAGCAAUGCCCCAUCUGCAAAAAUUAUUCCGGUUUAUGGCAAAGGGAGAGUCGACAGCUAUGAAAAAUCCAGACCUGCUGCACCAACAAGAUGUCGCAAUAGAACUGAAAAAAAAGAAACUACGACUGUGGACGACAACUGGAUAAAUGUCCUUAAAGUAGGAGCAGUUAUUGGUGGUUUAGUUGGUGCAUAUUUCAUGGGCAAACAUACAGGAAAAAAGUAUUACAUUCGUACAGUUGUGCCGAUGAUUAUAUUGGAUAAGUGCUUAGAAAGCAUACUGGAUCGCUACAUGCGAGAAUAUUGUGAGAAGCAGAAGAGUUGUGAAGUUGGUGGUAGUGCUGGGUUUUUAAUUGGUUCUAAAGUAGAUGAAAAUUUUCAUGUGGCACAUAUUGCUUUGUGUCCCUAUCCUAAUACCGUACAAGACAAGGGAGAUGAUUCACGUUCAAAAUCGAUUGAUCCUAACUGGAUCAGUGAUGCUGGUUCGCGUGUCCUAAGAUUUUUACCUGGAGGCAUCACUAUAGUUGGUUUAUUAUGGUUAUCUGAUUCAGCAAAGUCACUAAAAUCAUCGGAAAUUCGUGUGAUGCUUAUUCAAGCACUUGCUCAAAUAUCAGUUCAUCAUAAUGCUUUGAGCUCUUUAAGCAUGAAAAUUGUUGAUAAGAAUAUGGCACUGAUUGGGAUUGAAACGCGUUUAGAAAAGCCAUUUGGUUGUAUUGUUGACUGCAGUCGGAAAAGUGCUGAUGGCUCGCAAACCAGAGUAUGCUUUGGACAGUUGGAUUGGAUAAGUUUGAAGUCAUCUGUUAGCUUUCGAUUAUCAGUUCCUCUAAUUGAUGGCAUGUGGGAUUUUCACAAUCAGUUCAUUAAUGCAAUACGUAAUUGGGUCGAUUGUCUAUUAAAAACGAAUGUUGCACUUGUAGAUGGUGUGCAACUUGCCCAAAAUGAGCCAUUAAAACCACGUGAUAAAAAAAGAGAGAGGAGCGCUUUUUUGAUCGAAUUAUUUAUAAAUACAGAAAAAAAGCCUGAUCUUGAUAAUGAAAAUUUGUCGGCAUUCUGCGUCAUGGAUUUAAUGGUUGAUAUUCUUGUGAAAGCAGCGUUACCAAGUAAAGCAAAUGUUGGUCAGGCAAUAGAUGCCGUUAAGGAGCAUAUCAUACGCUCAUUAUGCAGUAGAGCUGAACUUCAUUACGAAAGUACGGAUGUCAUAGAAGAUGAACCGAAAGAUUUAAUGGCGGUGCAUCAAUUACCUCGUGCUGCUUACGCCUCAUUAUCUACCCAAGAGGCUAUUUUUUUCACAGAUUAUCUUUUUGAAAGUGAUACUGCUGCUGAUGCUCAACGUUCUUUUGCAGAAUUUUUGACUCUCGAUAUACCUGAA